AUGGGAAAUCUCGGCGCGGCCCUCGUUCCCGGGGUGUGGAUAGUGGAUUUUAUUCCAUUCCUGAGGCACAUCCCGGCCUGGUUUCCAGGUGCCACAUUCAAACGCGUUGCAGAGAACUUCAAGGAAAGCGCCCGAGCCUGGAACUGUCAACCGUACGAGUUUGUCCGGCAUCAGAUGUCGCAAAACAAGCACGCGCCAUCCUAUCUAUCCGGUUUACUCGAGUCGAAGGGAGUUCCAGAGCCAGGUUCCUUUGAUGAAAUCGUCAUGAAAUGGUCUGCCGCGGCAAUGUACGGUGGAGGAUCCGACACGACCAUAUCCACCUUGGGCGGGUUUUUCCUCGCGAUGGUUCUCUACCCGGACGUACAGCGAAAGGCACAGGAAGAAAUUGACCGAGUUGUCGGGACCGACCGUCUUCCCAGCUUCAGUGAUCGCGAGAACCUGCCAUAUAUCGACGCCAUGGUCAAAGAGGCCCUCCGUUGGCAUUCUGUGACCCCGAUGGGGGUUGUACACAGCUCGUCGGAGGAUGACAUGUACGAAGGCUACUUUAUCCCAAAGGGUUCCCAGAUCCUGCCGAAUCAAUGGGCCUUCACCCACGACCCAGAUGUUUACCUCGACGCUAUGGCCUUUAAGCCAGAACGUUUCUUAGCAACUGAGGACCACGUCCCCGAGCGCGACCCCCAUCUUCUCGCCUUCGGAUUCGGCCGUCGCAUCUGUCCCGGCCGCACACUGGCAGAUUCCAACGUCUACCUGAGCAUUGCGCAGUCGCUGGCCGUAUAUAGUUUCACCAAGCCCAUCAAGAACGGCAAGGAAGUGGACGUAGAGCCCAAAUUCUUGAACGGGGUGAUCAGUCACGUGGCACCGUUCGAGGUGGGCAUUAAGCCCAGGAGUAAGCAGCACGAGGCGCUGCUGAAGGAGUUGGAGAUCAAGUAUCCGUGGGAAGAGGGUCACGCGGCAGAACUCAGUCAGGUGAAGUUUUGA